UCUGCUUCACUGUCUGCAUGUGAAGCCCAACCUGGAACAAAAACAGUUAAUUAUAUGUUGUUUUUCUACGUUUAUUUGACAGCUUAAAUCAGAGACCUUCUGUAGCUGGAAAUAAGUGGGUGCCGUGGAAAAUACACGUGAACCAUCAGGAACAAAUGUUCUGAAGUUAUCCUCAGUAAUGAAGCAUAUGUGAAAGGAAACUUCCAUUGGUCAGGUGAAAUGAUGACUAUGAAAUCAGCAUAUUGCAUGGUAGUGUGCUUUCUUCAACUUUGCAUUGUCAAUGGGCAAGUAAUAUGUGAGAGACAAAUGAUUACUGAAUGGAGAACAGAACCAAAACCUACUGUAAUAAAAUGGACACCAAGGGAAAAUGUCUGUUCAGACUUUUACACUGAAUGCUGGAAUAUGAAUAAAAGUAUUAUUGGUGAAAUCUCUGAAGAACAUAACCUCAGCAUCCCUCAGAUAUGCCCUUUACAGCUUCAAUUAGGUGAUAGUCUCUUCAUCUCCUCUGAGCCAUCCUUUCAGUCUUAUGGAAUGAAUCUGGUAAAUGUCUCCAAGGAAGAAUUUAUUAACUGCCCUAAAGCUGGUUUUCUUCAAGACCAGUUGAUUUUUGUUUGCCAGAUAAGAGGACUGCACCAAGUGGAUCCUAACUGGCUUGGUGCUGGAACUCACUACUUUGCAGAACUUCACAAGAGAGGCCCACUCUUGUGCAACAUGGGCCUUCGUCUGAAUGUUACUGUGAAGCAGCAGCUUUGCCAACAGUCUCGGGGUGCACCUCUGUGCUCUGGGCAUGGAAAAUGUCUAAGCCACAUUUGGGAGAAAACAUUUAAUUGCCACUGUUUCUCACAGUAUUCAGGAACGUUCUGCCAGAAGUUUGAUAUAUGCUCCACUAAACCUUGCCGCAACAAUGCCUCCUGCACUGAGAAAUCAGAACUUUCGGGAGAUUCUUAUGAAUGCACAUGUCCUCCAAAAUUUUCAGGUAAAAAUUGCACAGAAAUAGUUGGACAAUGCCAGCCAUCCACAUGUUUCAAUGGUAACUGCAUCAAUGUUACUCCAAACACUUUUUUUUGUGAGUGUGACAUGGGCUUUACAGGUCCAUUUUGUGAAGAACCUGGUGAUCCUUGUGCCUCUCAGCCAUGCCUGAAUGGAGGUAUAUGCCAGUAUAACCAGUCUGGAUAUGUUUGCAAUUGCCCUUCUGGUUUUCUUGGUCACAACUGUGAAAUUGACAUCAAUGAAUGCUCUUCAAGGCCAUGUCAGAACAGAGGUACAUGUAUUGAUUUGCCAAAUGAUGUGGCAUGUAUCUGUAUGCCAAUAUUUACUGGCAAGUUCUGUGAGAGAAUACUGAAUCCAUGUGAAUUAUUGCCCUGCCUAAAUAAUGCGACUUGCAUAGCUCAGCAGCAAAACUAUAACUGCCGCUGCAUGCCAGGAUUCACUGGGAAGAACUGUGAGGAAGUAAUUGACUACUGCAGGCUGCUCAGCGUCAACUGUCUGAAUGAAGGAUUGUGUCUUAAUGUAAUUGGAGGAUUCACUUGCCUCUGUGCACCUGGAUGGACAGGAGAAUUUUGCCAAUUUGCUGAAAAUGCAUGUUUAAUUUACCCAAAUAAUUGUUCUGACGGAGCAACUUGCAUUGAUGUGAGUCAACUGAGAGAAAAACCUUUGUUUCAGUGUUUGUGUCCUCGUGAUUUUACAGGAGAAUUCUGUGAGGUGCAAAUCGACAGCUGUGGUUCCAAUUCAUGCAAAAAUGGAGGAACAUGUAUUGCCUAUGAAGAUCAUUUUAAAUGCACUUGCCCUAUAGGUUUUGAAGGUGAAAGAUGUGAACUCGAUAUUGAUGCCUGCUUAUUCAACAACAUAAGCUGUGCCCCAGGAGCAGUGUGUAUGGAUAAAUCUCAUGGAUUUAAUUACACAUGUUUAUCACCAUGUAUUGGAAACUCAGAGGUAUGUGCAAAUGGAGGUAGUUGCUUCUAUGAUGAAGAAAAUCAGAGAUCUCACUGUAUCUGUGCCCUUGGAUGGACUGGAAACACAUGCCUUGAAAAUAUUAAUGACUGUGAGAUAAACCAGUGCCAACAUGGAGCCACAUGUGAAGAUGGAAUUAAUAAAUACAGGUGCAUAUGUCCCCUUGGUUACACUGGCACAUUUUGUGAACUUGAUAUAGACAACUGCGUUGGAAACCAGUGCUCUCAAUAUGGAUUCUGCCAGGACCACUUGCAUAAUUACAGCUGUUACUGUGUGCCUGGAUAUGAAGGACCCUUCUGUGAAGUUGAAGUUAAUGAAUGCUCAAGUUCACCUUGCAAAAAUGGAGCUACUUGUAUGGAUUUAAGUGGCCGCUUUUCUUGUCAUUGUACUGCUGGGUUCACAGGAGAAACAUGUUCUGUUCGCAUCAAUGAGUGCCAAGACAGACCCUGUUGGAAUGGAGGAACCUGUGAAGAAGACAAAAGUGGCUUCAAAUGCAAUUGCCCCUUUGGGUUUUCAGGCCAGUACUGUGAAACAGAAAUGAAUGAGUGUGAUUCAGCUCCCUGCUUGAAUGGUGCUGUUUGUCAGAAUGAUGUCAACAGCUAUGAUUGCUUUUGCCCUGAAGGAUUUGAAGGCCUGAACUGUGAAAUCAACUUUGAUGAGUGCACUUAUGGUUUCUGUAAAAGCAAUUCAACGUGUUUAGACCUGGUUGCAGACUACAGCUGUGCUUGCCCUCCAGGAUUCACUGACAAAAACUGUUCCACGGAUAUUGAUGAAUGUUCCUCCAAGCCCUGUAAAAAUGGAGGCCGUUGCCAUGAUUUGAUUGGUGAAUUUCACUGUAGCUGUUUGCCAGGUUUUACUGGCAAGUUGUGUGAAGCUAAUGUUGCUGCCUGCCUAUCACAACCAUGUGGGGCCUCCAGCAUCUGUAAAGACAUUGUGGGUGGCUAUCUCUGCUUCUGUGCACCUGGAUUUAUAGGUCAUAACUGUGAGAUUGAAGUGGAUGAGUGUCUUAGUGACCCUUGUCACAACGGUGCUACUUGUGUUGAUCACCUGGAUGCCUUCAGUUGCAUCUGUCAGGAUGGAUUUGAAGGUACAACUUGUGAAGCAAAUAUAAAUGAAUGUCAGUCUUCUCCAUGUCUUCAUAAUGCAUCAUGUGCAGACCUAAUUGGUGGCUAUAAAUGUCUCUGUCUACCUGGUUUUACUGGUGCAAGAUGUGAAACAGAUAUAGAUGAGUGUGCUUCAUUUCCCUGCAAGAAUGGAGCCACCUGCAUUGACCAACCUGGUAAUUAUUUCUGCCAAUGUGUGGCUCCGUUUAAAGAAAUUUAUACAGGUCUGAACUGUGAGUUUAGGCCUUGUGAGGCCAGCAAUCCCUGUGAGAAUGGAGCUGUGUGCAUAGAAGAAAUGAAUUUGGACGUUUUUCCCCUUGGAUUCCACUGCCAGUGUGUGAAGGGCUUUGCAGGUCCACGCUGUGAGAUCAAUGUCAAUGAGUGCAGCUCUAACCCUUGCCUCCACGGAUACUGCUAUGACAUUGUCGAUGGCUUCUAUUGUUUGUGCAACCCAGGAUAUGCAGGAUUAAAAUGUGACCAAGACAUUGAUGACUGCAUAGUCAAUGCUUGUGAACACAAUUCUACAUGUGUUGAUCUACAUCUGAGAUACCAGUGUGAUUGCUUGCCUGGAUGGGAAGGCAGAUUUUGUGAAAAGGAAUCAAAUGAAUGCAAUUCAGAGCCUUGUAGAAACAAUGGCACCUGCAUGGACCUUUUCAACAGCUAUAGAUGCACAUGUACAUCAGGGUGGACAGGGCCAGACUGCAGUGAAGACAUAAAUGAAUGUGCAUCUGAACCAUGCUUGAAUGGAGCCACCUGUUUUGAGUCUGUGAAGCCGGGGCAGUUUGUAUGCAUUUGCCCUCCAUUUUACACUGGUGACUUCUGCCACCAGCGCUUCAGUCCCUGUGAGCUGCCUUACAAUCCAUGCAUAAACAAUUCAACCUGCUUGGCACAAGUAGAUGGAAAUCCAAUGUGCAUUUGCAAAACAGGAUUUGAGGGCACUUACUGCGAAGUUAACAGUGAUGAGUGCAUCUCCCACCCAUGCCAGAAUGGAGGUCUCUGUGUGGAUGGGGUCAACCACUACAGGUGCUCCUGCCAACAUGGCUUUACUGGGACCCUAUGUGAAAUGGAGAUUAAUGAAUGCUUAUCAAGACCGUGCAAGAACAAUGGAACUUGCCUGGAUCUCAUAAACAGAUUCAUUUGUAACUGUGCACCUGGAUACUACGGGUCUCUGUGUGAGAUGGAUGUAAAUGAGUGUGAAACUUUGCCUUGUUUACAUGGAGGAAGCUGCAUCAACAGGCUUGGAGGCUAUCGGUGUCUCUGUCUACCUGGAUUUACAGGUGAUAGGUGUGAAGUAAAUAUAGAUGAAUGUAUGUCUUCUCCUUGCCUCAACAAUGGAAGUUGCAUUGAUGGCAUCAGUUCCUACAAGUGUCACUGUAAGAGAGGUUUCAUCGGAACAAACUGCCAGAUAAAUGUUAAUGAAUGCUCACCAAAUCCUUGUCUUCACGGAAGAUGCAUAGAUCUCAUUGAUGGGUAUCAAUGCUCUUGUGAACCUGGAUGGACCAGCUCAAGUUGUGAGAUAAAUAUUAAUGAAUGUGAAUCUGCUCCGUGCAUUAAUGGAGGUUCUUGUCAAGAUGCCACCGAUGCAUUUGUUUGUGUUUGCCCAAGUGGCUACACUGGCAGGUUUUGUGAAGUGGAUGUUGAUGUCUGCAGAGAGUCCACACUGAGCUCAGUUCUUUGCUACAAUGGAGGUGUAUGUGUUGAUGGACCUGGAAAAAGCUUUCAUUGCAGGUGUCUUGCUGGAUUUUCUGGACAAUUUUGUGAAAUAGAAGUUAAUGAGUGUAAUUCAUCACCUUGUCUACAUGGCUCAACCUGUGCUGAUCAUAUCAAUGGAUACACUUGUAAAUGUCAACAAGGAUGGGAAGGCCUCCAUUGUGAGUUGGAUGUUGAUGAGUGCAUAUCCAACCCCUGCAUACAUGGUAUCUGUGUUCAAAAGGAGCCCAGCUUUGGUUAUUCCUGUUUUUGUAAGCCAGGAUUUGUGGGACGAAGCUGUGAGCUUAAUUACAAUGAUUGUCUUAUACAGUCCUGCUCCACUGGGUUUCUUUGUGUUGAUGGAAUAAACAAUAUCACCUGUUUACCUACUGUGCCCCAAAGCAAGAAAAUUCUCAGUGAAGUGGCUGAAGUGUUUCCUGCCGAAAUUUUAGACAAUGACCUUCCAUCAGCACUGGCUGUGUCUAUGGAACUUUGGUCUAAACAUGUCUCUCCUGAUUUACAUGCAGGAGAAGUGUCCCAAGAUUUUAGUUAUGCUCGCUACUAUGGUGAUUCUUACCUGGAAUUUCAAGGCUUACAUUUGAACAUGCAAAAUUUCAUCCACCUGGAAUUUAAGACCUAUGAUCCUCAUGGCCUUCUUCUAAAUAUUGAACAGAGCCCAGAAACAAUUCGACAUUUUCUAAUUCGACUUGUCAUCAAUAAUGGUACCUUGCAGUACCAAUAUUUAUGUGAUGACGCAGCAGAAGUCAAAAACAUCACUACCACUGCUAGAGUGGACGAUGGAUACUGGUACAGUGUGCAAAUUAGGCAAGGCAUGGUACCAUGUGAAGCAGAAAUGUCAAUCCUGAAGUUAUCUUCAAAUACAAGUAUAACUAGAAAUUUCUGGUCCAGUUCUCAUUGGCUUGAAACAGGAUCCAUAUUUGUUGGUGGUUUGCCUCAUCCUUAUGCAGCAAAACAGGUUUCUGGACCUGUCUACAAUUUCACUGGCUGUAUAAAAGUCGUAGAAAUCAAUAACAUCGGACCUUUCAACUUCUCUAGUGCUGUGGGAAGAAGUAAUGUUGACAAUUGCAGAAUCUCUGUACCCAUGCAUCUAUCAACAGCACUCCCUGUGGUUUCCUCUGAUGUGCCUCUCUUGCCUGGCCCUGGUGUGCCCUCUCAGAUUUCCCCUGCAUUGCCAUCAGUGUGCCAGGAAGGACUGUGCCACAAUGGAGGGACGUGUCACCCUCUCUCUCUGCCCACUGGGGCCACCUCGUUCCAGUGUGACUGCCCACUGCACUUCACUGGGAGAUUCUGUGAAAAAGACAUAGCACUGUUUUUUCCAUCCUUCACUGGAAAUUCUUAUUUGGAGCUACCUUCUCUGACAUCUGUAUCUGAUACCAGGACUGCAUCUGGGCAGGAAACAAGCAAUCUGACGACUCUGUACUUGACAGUGAAAACAACUGCUCUAAAUGGCACAAUUCUUUACACUGGUGAAAGAAAUUUUGGAGAGCAGUUUCUUCACUUGUAUCUCGUGGAGGGAAGACCAACAGUUCGCUUAGGCUGUGGAAGCUCUCAGAACAUUCUGACUGUGUCCCUGAACCAAUCUGUCAGCAGGGGUGUGCUCGUCCCUAUCACAGUGAGCUACCUGUUGCCUGUGGGCAGUCCUGAAGGUUACUGCAUGAUUGAAGUGGCUGCAGAUGGAAACCCCCCUGUACAGCAUAGUCUUUCCUUCUCACAUCGAGCAUCUCAGAUCAACUUUGGAUCAAUCUUCCUUGGAAAGGUUCCUGUUCAUGAGGAGGUUCAUGGAUGUGCUGGGCAGAUAUAUGGCUUUAAAGGAUGCAUUAGGGAUUUUCAAGUCAACCACAAAGAGUUGUUCAUCAUAGAUGAGGCUCUUGAAGGAAGGAAUGUUGAGAACUGCAAUGUUCCAAUAUGUGAUUAUCAUCCAUGUCACAAUGGGGGGACCUGCACUAGUGAUGAAGAAAAUUGGUAUUGUGAAUGCCCUAAACUCUACACUGGAAAACUCUGCCAGUUUGCAACUUGUGAUGAAAAUCCAUGUGGAAAUGGUGCUACAUGUUUUCCAAAGUCCAGGCGAGAUGCUGUUUGCUUGUGUCCAUAUGGAAGGUCUGGCAUCCUCUGCAGUGAUGCUAUUACCAUUACUCAACCAAGUUUCAGUGGCACAGAUGUCUUUGGAUAUACCUCAUUCCUAGCUUAUUCUACAAUCCCAAAUAUCACCUUCUACUAUGAAUUUCGCUUGAAAUUUCAGUUGGCAAACCACCACUCAGCUUUACAAGAUAACCUGAUUUUUUUCACUGGACAGAAGGGCCAAGGUCUGAAUGGAGAUGAUUUCUUGGAGUUAGGCCUCCGUAAUGGGAGAGUGGUAUAUAGCUACAAUCUAGGUUCUGGCACAGCAACAAUCAUUAGCAAACCACUUGAUCAGACACUCAAUAUUCAUGUCAUCCAUCUUGGCAGAAAUCUCCAGAAAGGCUGGCUGAAGGUGGAUGAUCAGAAGAAUAAAACUGUCACUUCUCCUGGGAGGCUGGUUGGACUCAAUGUCUUCAGUCAGUUUUAUUUAGGAGGCUAUCGUGAGUAUACUCCAGAGCUCCUGCCAAAGGGACACAGAUUUAAGAAUGGCUUUCAAGGUUGCAUUUUUGAUGUUCAGGUUCGCACCAGCCUUAAUAAAGAGUUUAAGUCACCAGGAACUCCAGAAGGACACCCCAAUUCUGGUCGCAGUGUUGGACAAUGUAAAGAUUCCCCAUGCAGUUUAAUAAAAUGCAGAAAUGGUGGCAAGUGCAUUGAAAGUGGCUCUACUGUUUACUGUGACUGCCUCACUGGAUGGAAAGGUGCAUUUUGCACAGAAACUGUGUCAGUGUGUGAUCCUGAGCAUGAUCCUCCACAUCUGUGUCAGCAAGGCAGUACCUGUGUGCCACUGCCUGGUGGCUACACAUGUCACUGUCCUCUUGGAACAACUGGUACCUACUGUGAACAAGAUAUUUCCAUUAGUGAUGCAUCCUUCAGAAAUAAUGAAUCAUCAUGGAUGUCAUUUGCACCCUUUUAUAUCCGGCACAAGACCCAUAUUAAACUGCAGUUCCAGCCUCUCUCUCCAGAUGGGAUCCUGUUCUACACUGCGCAGCACUUGGGUACGCAGUCAGGUGAUUUUCUAUGUAUAUCAUUAGUAAAUGGAUUUACACAGUUACGCUACAACCUUGGAGACAGAACAGUCAUCCUACAGACCCUUCAGAAGGUGCACACAAAUGGAAACACAUGGCACUUACUUAAUGCAGGAAGAGUUGGUAAUGAAGGCUACCUGGACCUGGAUGGUAUCAACGUUACUCAAAAAGCCAGUCCUGGAAUGAACGCACUAGACACACACUCAGAUUUUUUUGUUGGGGGCGUAUCCUCCUUAAACCUUGUUAAUCCAAUGGCAACAGAAAAUGAGCCCACAGGUUUCACUGGUUGUAUUCGAGAAAUGGUUAUAAACAACAGGGAACUGAAUCUUACCGUGACUGACCCCAAGGGUGGAGCCAACAUUGGUGACUGUGAUGGAACAGAUUGUGGUUACACUGUGUGCAAAAAUAAUGGAACAUGUCAAGUUGGAAACUCAGGCUUUUCUUGUUCUUGCCCAAAAGACUGGACAGGGACCAAGUGUGAACAAUCCAUUCACUGUUCACAAAACAUGUGUGGGUCUCAUGCACUUUGUAUUCCUCAACCUUCUUCAUUUUCAUAUACCUGUGCAUGUGCACUAGGCUGGACAGGUAAGUACUGCGAUAACAAAAUCAAAUUUUAUAUAGCAAAGUUUGUUGGCAACUCCUACAUUAAAUACACAGAUCCUUUUUAUGGAAAAAGAGACCUCCAGCACAGCCGCCUUUCUUUAAAUUUUACUACCAAUCAAACUGAAGGCUUAAUAGCAUGGAUGGGAAAAAGUGAAGAUGAAGAUAAUGACUUCCUUGCUAUUGGUCUUGCCAAUGGAACUUUAAAAGUUGCAAUUAAUCUUGGAGAAAGAAUCUCUGUUCCUCUAAUGCACAGAAAGUAUUUCACCUGUUCUGAUGGAAGAUGGCAUUUCACUACUGUAGUUCAAAACCAAACUUGUGUUAAGGUUUAUCUUGAUGAGGAACUAAUCCUUUUUGAAGAUAUUGACCCACAAAGAAAAUACACUGCUUUAAACUAUGGUGGCAUUUGUUACUUUGGUGGGUUUGAAAUUGGCAGAAAAGUCAAUAUAGUCACUACAGGGCUUUUCCAGAAGGAAUUCAUUGGUAAGAUUAAAGAUGUUGUGCUCUUCCAAGAUUCUAAAAAGAUUCAGCUAAUGAAAGCAGAAGGAUACAACAUUCAUGAUGGAAAUUCUGGAAAUUAUUGAAAAAACUGUCCAACACUCUAUUAAAAAGGUAAAAUUCCUUUUCCUCCUGUUUAUUGUAUUAGCUGGCAGUGUAUGACUCAGCAACCAACAUAGGAAAGCAUUUUUAAAAAGUAAUAAGGGACAAAUUUAAGUGGAGUAUUAAUAACACAUACAUAUAAAAUAUGAUCAAUUGUUUUCCUCAUAGAAUUAUUUAUAUAUACUCUUUAGCAUUUACUUUAAAAUUAUGGGAAAGUCUGAAGGGGUUUUUUUCUUUAUUGUGCUGGAAAUAGUUUUGUAAAGAAAGAGGUAGGGAUUAUAAAGCCAACCAUCAUUCAAGUGUUGUUUGUUGCUAUAUGAAAAUGGAAAACUGUUACCUGUUUCUCCAACUGUAGAAUAUUAUUAAAAUGUUUAUUUUAUAAUGUUAAGAUCCAGUCUAAAAACUGAAAUUGGUGGAGGAAGAAACAGUAUGUUUGAGGCAAAAUCCACAUUUAUUGUAAUGAGAAUUUUAAAAAAUGCAACAGCUGUAAUUACUUGUUAAGUUCAAAAAGACUCUAAUUAGGUAAUAAAGUUGUUCUCACUCCCUUAUCUGUGUCCAUCUAGUAUGUACUAUAUGUAAGAGGGUAGAAUUCAAGCCUCUCUUAAGUCUGCUAAAAUAUUACUCUUAAAGAAUGAUUUUAAGAGCAAAAACCAUAAAUAAUUUUAGAGAGAGAAAACAGGCCUCCUGGUUUUCUCCAGCAGAGAUCUCCCCUAUUUGACUACAUGAAAACCUUUGGCUUUAAUGAUUUAUAACUGCAAUGUGGCAGUCUGUCUACAAGUAACUUUUAUUCUUAAGACUUUAAAAAGUCCAAGAACUGUUCUACUUUACCUAUACCUUUCUGGCUUAUAUGCCCCUAAAUGACAUUUCAAAAAUUUAUGAGUACAGAGGUUUUGGUCAUAGUAAACCAAAUUUCUGCAAAUAUAUGUUUUAUUAAUUGAUAGUCUCAAAAGUAAGUAGAGCUGUUCAUACAUGAAUACAAAAAAAUAAAUUCCUUCUCAUAAAGCUGUCUUAUAUUCUGCUCUAGGAAGCAAAAAAAAAUUAAAAUUCUAUCUUAAUGUGCUUAUAUAUCUUAAUGUGCCAAUAAUAUAAAAUGGCAUCUACAUUUCUCAUCUGACUGCUGGCUUACAAAAUUAGUAAAAUUAUUAAAUAAAAAUAAAUAGUGAUUGAUUUGUAUCUUCUUCCUUUUCCACUUUACUAUUGCUAAAAAGCACAUAACAAACCAUUACCUCCUUGCAUGAAAAUUCUCUGAAUGCAAGUCUUCAGCAUAUACCUGUCAGAAACAAGUAACUAUUCUGGGGCAGAGAGGGAAGUGAGGAUGGAUGUAUGUUAUAGGGCAAUGGCCAUAAGCACCUAAAACUGGGUGACACACACUUGCUUCCACACCACCAUACUUCACCACUUACCAGCUUAGCAAUGAAAGCACUGUCAAGUCAGUUACAGGUGACUAAACGAUAACUGAAGUGCAUGGGAGCUACCCCAAGAUGUUUCAUUAAGCAUUUGCAAAUAUCUUUGUGAGGUUCAUUCUAUUUUCUUCAGCUGCUCUGAGCCCUCAAGUGGAUCAGUCUGAGGCAACAGAGCUUCUGCAACUCUUCCCAAAAGGCAGCUCAUGAAGCCCAUCUGACUUUUGAGCUGUCCCAGACUCUUCUCCUUCAGUUUCAUCUAGGUAGAGGCUUUUAUGGCCACGUGAUGCUGGAGAAGGGAGCAUAUUUAAGGUUUAUCCUGUUCUCUCUGGGGCCUCUGGUGUACUGCCAGUUCCUCAGCAGUCCACACUGCCUUGUGUGAUCUGUGCAGUGAUUUGGUGUAAAACAAGGAACAAGUAAUCAGAGCACUUCCAGCAAACACAAAUGUUGGAAGGAGAGUGACUGAAGGCAAUGGAAAAGUAAAAUCCUUUAUUCUUGUAGUAGCAGGAUUUAUUCCCAUUACACUAACUCACGUCCUUGGAAUAAAUCCUGGAGACUUUUGCUGUUUGUUAACUUAAACACUUAAGAGAACUCUCCCUCAAGAGCUGUUUUACUGUGGCUCUCUUCAGGUUUUGCAUACACAAGGCAGGUGGCAAAGCACUCAGCAAACUUGAAAAAUGUUUACAUAUUCUUUUAAACAAAUUAUUUCUGGUAGUUCUGGCAGAAAGCAUUCCUAUCCCUUCCAUACAGGCAGUUGCAAUUUUCACUGCUUCACUGCUUCCAGGUUAUUUUCAGAGCAGAGAUGGAUGCACAUGUGAGAGGCAGAUCACCAGUGACCUUGGAGUAGACUACUUUUGAAUGGAUCAAAAGAAAAUCUUCAUACGCAGAGCUGUCAAUUUAAAACUUACUCCAAAAAUGAGAACAAUGCUUUAGUGCAUUUCUGUGCCUACAGAACUCAGUGCAAAUAUUUAAACAACAAAACACAUGUAUUACUACCAGAUAUAUUCAAUAGCACUACUGCUUUACAUACAGACCAUGGAAUUAAUUUGGAAAAGACUAGUUUUAUUUUAAAGAUGUUUGAAUGUCACUUUUAGCUGAGGAUUUUUUUUAAUUAGUCUUCUCAACAAUGAGCUGAAAAAACUUAAUGAAAAGUCUACCACCUCCUUUAUUUAGCACAAUAUUUUAAAUUUUAGCCAAUUUGACCAUGAAGUUACUUGCAAUGAAUCCAAGUAAAAAUUUACCUUAAAAUAUAUUCAUAAUUAAAACUAACAAUUAUGAUGUUGUUAAACUGGGAAGACUUUUUUGGACAGAAGAGGCUUUUCUACAGCAAAGUGCAAAAUGCUCUGUCAGCAGCGUAGUAAGGUUGUGUACUCAAAGUGGAAAAACAAAACACUGAAAGCCAGAAUAAACCUCAGUUUUUCUUUAUACGGUGGAAUAUUUUUGUUGUUUCUGACAGACUCAAUAAGAUGCCCAGUGUAUUUUAAAAAGUAUUAGAGUAGGUGAUUUUGUUUACACAUUUGCAUGUUGUUUGGCACUGCUAGAUGGUAGUCCACAAAAUACCAAGUUACCAGAAGUCCCAAGGGUAGAAACACUUUUGCCCUUCUCCCCCCUCUUUGUUCUCCAAAACUCAAAACAAACGGAGCUAUAAAGUGCACAACAAAUGUGGCAUUCUGAGACUCAGCCUUCUGUAUUCAUUCAGCCUACAGUUUCACAGCUAUGAAAUCAAACACACACAGUAUGUGAGAAAGUUUUAUCAUUUUAGAAUCAAAAUAUCCCUUAAAAUAUUUACAUUUUACAGUAAAAAGGAUAGCAAAACACAAAGUAAUGUACAAGCUCAGGUAUUCAAGUUUUUGAAGCAUGGAAAAUGGUGGGAGAAAUGAAUUUACUACUACAAAUAAUUCUCAAGAAUUUAGGUUAGAAAUGCUUUCUCAUUAAAACAAGUGCAGUUUAAAGCAGUAACAUUCGAGCAGCUCAGCCUUCCAAUUUCUGGUCACAAAUUGCUUCAGAUGCUUAGGAAAAACUUGAAAUAUAAUAUAACGAAAUACACUUGAGUUUUUUUUGUACUACUGAAUAAUUUAAAAAAAA